CCCUCCGCGGCACCACGGUUUCGCGUGAUGCAGACGAGCGAGCUAGCCGACGCCGCGCCCGCCGCUAGCGGAAACCCCCCGCAGCGUGGCCUCAACGGCGGCCGCUUCGAUUUUGACGACGGCGGAACUUAUUGUGGAGAUUGGGAGGAUGGCAAGGCUCACGGCCACGGAGUGUGCACCGGGCCCAAGGGCCAGGGCGCCUACGCCGGCUCCUGGCACUUUGGAUUCGAAGUUUCCGGCGUCUACACCUGGCCCAGCGGGAGUUCGUUCGAGGGGCAAUGGCAGAACGGCAAGCGGCACGGGCUGGGCGUGGAGACGCGGGGGCGGUGGCUGUACCGCGGCGAGUGGACGCAGGGCUACAAGGGCCGGUACGGCGUACGCCAGAGCACCACCAGCAACGCCAAGUACGAGGGCACCUGGGCCAACGGGCUGCAGGACGGAUACGGCUCUGAGACUUACGCUGAUGGCGGAACAUACCAAGGACAAUGGAUGCGCGGCAUGCGGCACGGGUACGGCGUGCGGACCUCCGCGCCCUUCGGGCUGGCGUCGCACUACCGCGGCGGCGCGCGGGACCACCGGGGGUCCAUGUCCUCGCUGGCCGAGGCGGGCACGCCCGACCCCACCGAGCGCCGCACGCAUCGCAUGGACGAGGCGCGCGGCGGCUUCGUCCUCAAGAGCAACUCCGACGAACCCUCCGGCCGCCGCGGGUCCCUCAUCGAAAAAUCGAAGAAAGGACUACUCUCUAAGUUGCGUAAGCAGCGAAGCGCGGGCGAGUUGGACAAGCGAGGCACCAGCUCGGUGCGGUCGGGCGGCUCCGGGGGCUCGGCCUCAUCGUGGGUCUCCUCUGUCGACAGCACCCACUCCGCCAUGACCCACGGCUCGCUGCACACUGACUCGAAUGCUAGUUUCCUCGUUGAGGACGAACAUUUGGAAGCUGGUGUCACAGAAACGUACAUGGGCGAAUGGAAGAACGACAAACGCAAUGCAUUCGGAGUGAGCGAGCGUAGUGACGGGCUCCGUUACGAGGGCGAGUGGUUAGCCAACAAGAA